CCCCUUCUUCCGGCUUCCGGUGCCGGGGCUAUAAGAACCGCUUCCGCCCGGGCGCGCUCGACGUGCGGUGGGCCCGGACGCGGAGGUGCCGUUUCCGUGCGGAGCUCACGCCAGCUGUGCCAUGAACGCCCGCGGUGAGCGGCUGUCCGGUGCGGGGCUGAGCACGGAGAAGGCCUUCGCCUUCGCCCGGCGGCUGCGGGCCGAGCCGCAGUUCGUGCUGGCCCAGAACGUGGCGACAUGCAACGACCCGCUGGAGGUGUGCCUGCAGCGGCAGGUGGUGCAGGACACGGUGCAGGUGUUCCAGCACGCCGUGCCCGCCGAGGGCAAGCCCGUCACCAACCAGAAGAACUCCGGGAGAUGUUGGAUUUUCUCAUGUCUCAAUGCAAUGCGCCUUCCCUUCAUGAAGAAAUACAACAUUGAAGAGUUUGAAUUCAGCCAGUCCUAUCUCUUUUUCUGGGAUAAGGUGGAACGUUGUUACUACUUUUUAAAUGCCUUUGUGGAAACAGCUAUGCAGAAUGAGCCUGUGGGAGGCAGACUGGUGCAGUUCCUGCUCGCCAACCCCACGAAUGAUGGUGGCCAGUGGGAUAUGUUGGUUAAUAUUAUUGAAAAGUACGGUGUUGUCCCCAAGAAAAACUUCCCGGAGUCUCAUACUACAGAGGCUACUAGAAGGAUGAAUGAGAUCUUGAAUCAUAAGAUGAGAGAAUAUUGUUUGCGGCUAAGAAAUAUGGUGGAAAGUGGAACAAUGAGAGGAGAACUUUGUGCUGCGAUGGACACGAUGAUAGAAGAGGUAUUCAGAAUAGUGAGCACUUGCCUGGGCAACCCUCCGGAGACUUUCUGCUGGGAAUUCCGGGAUAAGGAGAAGAACUACCACAAAUAUGGCCCCAUGACACCAGUGCAGUUCUACAAUGAGCAUGUGAAGCCUUACUUCAACAUGGAGGACAAGAUUUGUCUAGUGAAUGAUCCUCGGCCUCAGAAUCCAUACAACAGGCUGUACACAGUGGAGUACCUGGGCAACAUGGCAGGAGGGAGGAAAACACUCUACAACAACCAGCCUGUGGAUGUCCUGAAAAAACUAGCUGCAGCAUCCAUUAAGGAUGGCGAGGCUGUGUGGUUUGGCUGUGAUGUUGCAAAGCACUUCUAUAGCAAGCUGGGAAUCAAUGACUUGAAUAUAUACAAUCAUGAGCUGGUGUUUGGUGUCUCUGUCAAGAACUUGAACAAAGCGGAACGGUUAAUCUUUGGGGAAUCCAUGAUGACCCAUGCCAUGGUGCUGACAGCUGUCAGUGAGAAGGAUGGGCAAGAAGAUGCAUUUGAAAAAUGGAGAGUGGAAAACUCCUGGGGUGAAGACCGUGGUAAUAAAGGUUACCUGAUCAUGACUGAUGACUGGUUUUCUGAGUACGUGUAUGAAGUGGUGGUGGACAAGAAGCAUGUACCAGAAGACAUCCUGGCAGUGAUGGAGCAGGAACCAAUUGUUUUGCCAGCGUGGGACCCUAUGGGGGCUUUAGCCAAGUGAAUAUUUGCCUCUUAAUGGUCAACCAGAAUUAGAUGCAAUAGAGAAUUCCGGUGGUUGGAAGCCAUAGCCAGAUGAUGAUGUGACCAAGCCCUCAGCAUGGUCCAUACUCUUGAAAUGUAAGUUAAGGAUCAUUGGGAAAUAGCGCUUUACUGACUCACCUGAAUGAAGCUCUCAGGCUCCUCCAAAAGCUAAACAGGGGAAAGGCCAAAACCUCAUCAUGGAAAAGUAUUACAAGUGCUGUCAAUGGCACUUUAAUUUCACCUGAAAUUUUGAGUAAAAGUCACCAUUGUAACUUAGUAGAAUGACUUUGUCCAGUGUUUUCCCUAGAAAAGAUGGCCAUAAAAGGCCCUUUAAAAUUACCAGCUGAUUGUUAGAACAAAUACAUUGAGAUCUUUAUAAAUUAACCAUCCACGCUUUGACUGGUACCGUACAAGAAUGCCCCAAAGAUUUUAUACAUUUACACUUCUGCAUUUGCUGAAGUUUCAAAGAGGACAAAAAUUGAAAUUGCUAAAAUUACCUUUUUGAAAAUACUGUUUUCCAGCAGGAAUUGGGGGGUUGGGUGUAUGUUUCCUUGAGGCUUCCUGUUUCGUUUGGUUUUAUUCUUCCAUUACUGAGCUAGGACUGGAUAACCCCUGUCAAGGCCCAGUGCCAUGUCUGUGUGCACAGGAGCGCUAUUUUCCAGUUCCAUUAGCAAGAAUAACCAUAAGUAUGUUUCCAGGUGGAGUUAGUGUCAUGCUCAACAGAAAAAAACCCCAAUGUUUUAAUUGCUGCAUUUUAUUUGGAUGUUUUAAAAAACAAGAUGGUGCUAUGAAGCUUUUGAAUAAACACUUUCUAAAGUGAC